ACUUCUUUGGAAGCUGCUUGCAUCUUCAUCAAAACAAUGGCUACUUGGCUACUCUCUCUUUGCUUUACUCUGGUUUUCUCUCUGUGUGCUGCCUCUCGUGCACCAUCCGUUUACCCAUCACUCGAGGGAUUCUUGAACAACGGCAACUUCGAGCAAGCACCCAAGAAAGAGAAACUCAACAAGACAGUGAUCGUGGGGAAACACUCGCUUCCAGGAUGGGAAAUCCAAGGCCUGGUGGAGUUCGUCUCGGGGGGUCCUCAGCCUGGUGGGUUUUACUUCCCCAUUCCCCGUGGUGCACAUGCAGUGAGGCUUGGCAACGAGGCUUCGAUCUAUCAGAACGUGAAUGUGAACCCCGGGUUCGUUUACUCGAUCACGUUCGGUGCUACCAGGACUUGCGCCCAAGAUGAGGUGCUCAGGGUCUCGGUGCCUGGUCAGACCUCCGACAUCUCCAUUCAGACCCUUUAUAGCACCGAUGGUGGUGAUACCAUGGCUGUUGCUUUCAAGGCAACGGAGAAAGUAGUGAGGGUCACAUUCCGUAACACAGGAGUUCAAGAAGAUCCUACUUGUGGACCUCUGUUGGAUGUCAUUGCCAUCAAAGAAAUGCCUCCUCUAACUUAUACACAAGGAAACCUUGUAAAAAACAGUGGGUUCGAGACAGGUCCGUAUACCUUCAAGAACUACUCAACAGGGGUCCUAGUGCCUCCGCACAAGCAAGACAGCGUUUCACCACUCCCUGGAUGGAUCAUCGAAUCCAUAAAGCCGGUAAAAUUCAUCGACAAGAGGCACUUCUCGGUUUCAUCGGGACUGUUCGCCAUCGAAAUGGUUGCUGGAAUAGAGAGCGCCAUCUCCCAAGUGAUCAGAACAGUUCCCAACAAACUAUACACCCUCACAUUCACUGUUGGAGAUGCCAAGAACGAUUGUCACGGGUCGAUGAUGGUGGAAGCCUUCGCCGGAAAGGUUACUCUCAAAGUCCCAUACGAAUCGCGAGGAAAGGGAGGAUUCAAGAGGGCAAGUUUUAAGUUUGAAGCAAUCUCAAACAGAACAAGGAUUACAUUUUACAGUGCGUACUACCACACCAAGUUGCAUGAUUUUGGGCAUAUGUGCGGGCCUGUCUUGGAUGAUGUCAAGGUUCUCCCCGUCUCUUAGUCUAAAACCAUAUGGAGAUUUGAGUAUGAAACAAGUCAUUGGAGAU